AUGCCAUCAACACCUAGCAAUAUCAGCACUAUCAGCACUAUCAGCACUAUCAGCACUAUCAGCAGCAACGAUGGUGGUGGUGAAAUGUGGAAAUCCAAACUGGGCACCCUGUACCCCAAGGAUUUCAUGACGGCGAACGAAUCCAAAUUCAAUCACGAACUUCAAACGUUGAGACAUGAAGCUUGCAAUCGAGACUGUGCCGACUGUGGCACCAAAGAAUCUGUCAUGUGGGCAUCCGUCAAUCUGGGUGUCUUUCUGUGCAUCCCCUGCGGUUCUCAUCAUCGCAGCAUCGGGACUCAUAUUUCCAAACCCAAGGGAUGCACGGGAACCUACUGGUGGGGUCCUGACGAAUUGGAACGAAUGAGGACCAUUGGAAAUGCCCGAGCCAGUCAAAUCUAUGGCAAUGCCAUUCCGCCUGGAUUGACGCCUGCGAAUACGAUGGAAUGGCGACGGUACAUUACGGACAAGUAUGUUCACAAAAAGUAUGCUCCUGGUGCUGCUGGCAAUAAUAAUGGUAAUGCUGUUUCAGGUCCAGCCAUGAUUGCAUCCUCAUCACCCACAGCAUUAUUGCGAAGAUCAUUGGAUGCUCGGACUGAAUCGUCGCUGCUUCCUUCACCUAUUGUCAAAAAAGAUGCUGCCGACCUUUUGACGUUUGACGACAUUGGUGGGAAUAGUGGGAAUAGUGGUCGUGGUCGUAGUGGUGGUGGUGGUAGUGAAAACUUUUUUGCAAACUUUGGAAGUCCUGCUCGAAAGGCUUCUUCGUUUUCCUUUUCUCCUACUACUACUCCCACUCCUACUCCUACUCCUACUACACCCAUUCAAAAGAAGAAUGUUGACCUAUUGCUGGGCCUCCACCACCAGCAGCACAACAGUCCUGCAUCCGUAACAACAGCGUCCUCAGCAAUCCUUGCAAAACCCAACUUUUUUGCAGAAUUCGGUGUCUAA